AUGACAAACAACCCACUUUUCGAGGAAGAAGUUGUGGACGAGCUACAAGAUGUUGAUGACCUUGAGGAUUUGGAGGGUUUGGAGGCAUUGAAGAAGAGUGGCAUAAAGUUUACCCCGUUCAAGUUCGUCAGAAAUGAGCUUCCGUUGUGGAAGCCUGGUGAUGUUUUUAAGCAUAGAGAUUUCUUCUAUGACGUGUUGAGUCAAUACGCAAUAAUGUCGAGAAGGCGGGUGCACGUGAAAAGAAACGACGGCGACAAACUUCGUGUGAUUUGUAAAGGGCAAGGAUGUGAGUGGUAUGUGUACUUGAGGAAGCACGAAAUACACAAUGGUCAUGAUUAUAUGGUGAUGAAUAUGCAACGCGAUCACGCGCACACAUGCUCUCAAGUAUUAGAUUCGAAGUGGCUGACGACCAAGUGGCUAGGGGAGCGUUAUAUGGAGAAGAUCAAAGCUAACUCUCACAUUCCACUUGCAGCUAUACGGCAGUGUGUCGAUGAAGAUUUUGGCCUGAAGAUAGGUAGGAUGAAGGCAUAUCGGGCCAGAGAACACGCACUGGACGACAUUUUCGGCUCUGCGGCGACCCAAUACAGAAACUUGUUCUACUAUAAAGCCGAAUUGGAGCGGACGCACCCUGAAUCCAGCAUUCAUAUACAUUAUGAGAGUAUGAGUGAUUCUGGCGCCGUUGGUCCGAGAUUCAUGAGGUUCUACUGCUGUCUAGGGCCAUUGAAAAAGGGAUGGAUGGAGUUAUGUCGCCCGAUUAUCUUCUUCGACGCUUGUUUCUUGCGAGGGAUGUACAAAGGCCAGCUAAUGACAACAAUGGGGAUUGAUCCCAACAAUGGCUGGUGGCCGAUUGCUUGGGCGGUGACUGAGGCCGAGAGUUAUGUCCAGUGGAAGUGGUUCGUGGAGUACUUGUCUAAUGACCUAAACUUGCAUGCAAAUGGCCCACGUUAUGUGUUUAUGUCUGACCAACAAAAGGGCCUUGCAAAGUUGCUUGCUGAGGAAUUCCCACAGAGCGAGCAUCGCUUUUGUGUUCAGCACAUAUACAACAAUUUCAAGAAGAGAUUUGUUGGUGAAGAUUUCAAAGACCGGUUGCGGGAGAUUGCCUCGAGUACCACCGUCGAACAGUACGUGGCUUUGAUGGAUGCUUUGCAGACCGAGUAUCCCAGUGCACACCAGUGGCUUUCUGGAGUAGCUCCCAAAGAAAAGUGGGUCAAGGCAUUUUUCGCUCCACACACUUGUUGUGAUGUGAUCCUGAACAACAUCUGUGAGACAUUCAAUUCGAAGAUUGCAUUGGCUCGAGAGAAAGCAAUUAUCAGCAUGUUGGAGGACAUUCGAACAAGUCAAAUGGAAAGAAUUCAGAUCAGAGGCCAGUGGAUCAAAAGCUACGAUCACGCAGUCCCUCCUGUUAUCAAGGAGCUUGUUGAUAAGUGGUACGCGAGGGCUUCAUCGUGGAGGGCUACAUAG